AUGCCUCUCCAACUCGACCCCGAAUUUGCCGAAGUCGCAGGUCCCGUCCUGCAGCAGCUGGGCCAACUGCCCAAACCGGCCGUCCACGAUGUCGCGGCCAGAAGAAACAUGAUGGCUGCCAUUACCAAGAACGCCCCGAAGACAGUCAUCCCGGAUGAUAUGGAGCACCUCGUCCACUACGCCCCGACGGCAUCGGGCGAUUUCAAAGUCCCCAUCCACCACUACCGCAAGAAGCGCGGGCCGGACGUGGACGUGAAAGCCCCCGCCGUGGUACACACGCACGGAGGCGGGUUCAUUUCGCUAUCGGUCGAGGAAAUGGAGGGCAUGCUGGUUGGGUACGCCGCCGGGUCUGGGGUCCAAAUCCUGAGCAUCGACUAUCGGCUGGCCCCGGAACACCCGUAUCCGAUUCCGAUCGAAGACAGCUGGACCGCUCUGCAGUGGGUGUACGCGCAUGCGGAGGAGCUGUCGAUCGACGCCCAUCGCAUCGCCGUUAUGGGCGAGAGUGCUGGGGCUGGGUUGGCGGCGGGUCUUGCCUUGAUGGCGCGCGACCGGGGGCUCGCGCCGCCCCUUGCUAAGCAGAUCCUCGUGUAUCCCAUGCUUGAUGACCGGCCGGCGGCCGUGGACCAUGCGGGGGAUAUGGCCUUCUGGACACCACAAGACAACGUCACGGGCUGGACGGCGUAUCUGGGGAAGGAUGUGGGGACGGAGCGGGUCGCGCAGUAUGCGGCGCCGGCGAGGGCGGAAUCUGUAGAAGGCUUGCCACCUGUGUAUAUGGAUUGUGGACAGCUGGAUAUUUUUGUGCAGGAGGAUACGGAGUAUGCGCUGCGGUUUGUGAAGGCGGGCAUCCCCGUCGAGUUUCAUCUGUAUCCCGGGCUGCCGCAUGGGUUUGAGGGGGCGAAGUGGGCCAACGUUCGUAGCAUUGGCAUAAGUACUCGACAUGGCCCUCAUUCGCAGUUCCCUCAGCUUCUACACGAAUCGCACUGCCACUCAACCACCAUGACGACCAUCUCUCGACCAACCGCUGACGCUCUCACGGAGAAUGUCUCCAACAAAGUAGCUAUUGUUACCGGCGCCGCACGUGGCAUCGGAUUUGCCACGGCCAAUCUCUUAGCCCGCCACGGGGCCCGCGUGGUGCUUGUGGAUUUGCACGAGGAUGCACUGAAGAGUGCCGUGGAGACCAUCGGCGGGCAAGCCACGUACAAGACCUGCGACGUGAGCGACUGGGAUCAGCAGAUCGCCUUGUUCCAGUGGGUCAUCGACACCGUUGGGCCCAUUGAGCUUGUCGUGUGCAACGCCGCCAUCAAUCCCGAAAUCACACUGCUCCAGACGCAAGACGCCGAGCGACACGCACAGCUAAAUGGCCAAGCGCGCUACAAUUAUCUGGCGGAUGAGACCAAGGAAGGACAGCUUCAGCGCCCGUCAACGCAGCUCUUUGACGUCAACGUCAACUCCGUCGUGUUUGGCCUCAAAUUAGCCAUCCACCACAUGAAGCAGAGAGAAGCGGGCGGCCGCAUCGUCGUCGUUGCCUCCGCUGGCGCCUACGUCCCUGUGCCUUCGCAGCCGCUCUAUACCGCCAGCAAGCAUGCGGUCUUGGGCCUGGUCCGCAGCACCGCCCUGAUCGAGGAGGUUACGCGAGCGAACGUCGCCAUUUCCUGGAUCGCGCCGUGGCUCACGCUGACCUCCAUGGUGGAAGGGCUGGAGGCUACCAAGCAAGCCAACACGCUCAAGAGCUCGCCGGAGGAUGUGGCAUGGGCCAUCGCAGCGGCCGCGGCGUCACCGACGAGCUGGGCCAACGGCAAGGGUUUCUGGGUGCAAGGUACGACGAUCACCGAGGUGGAGGGCACGUACGGGGAGGUCAGCCAGCGGUUGAUCAGCCCUGAGAACCAGUUCUGA